AUGAGGGUUGUUGUGAUUUUAUUGUUAUGCGUCUCCUUGUCCUUUUGUGCGAGAUUAACCCAUCGGCAAUAUUGUGAGGAGACAAUUAAGAAGGCGCUAAACGGGAUCAAACGGCAACCGGAGCGGGUCGAGGCCGUCAAGCAACACCACAUCAAUUUUGUGGUUACGAGGGUAAGGAAAAGUCAAGAAAAUGGCUUGUCGUUUGUUAUGAGUCAAAGUUAGCUUUAUACUAUCAGCCUGUCGGGAAAAUAAUGAGCACACUGUCGCAUCGAAAAUCACAUUCGCGGCAGAGAAAAGAAAUCGUGUCGCAUCAAAAUCAAGUUGCUUUUCACCUCUGCGACAGUGUGGGCGACGGAUUUUUUUGGAUUUUUUUGCAGUGAGAGCCCUUUCAGUUCGCGCAAAGUCUUGACGUGCGUCGUACUUUUAGCACUUCCCCUGUUAGUCGGCGUGUUGACUAAAGUCAGUUUCAGUUCAACCAAGCUGGGCGUAAAAUCUUUGUUCCGUUCGCCUGCAUGAACGAUAUGGUGACUUGUAUUGGGAGCGGAACACAGAUGGAUAGUCAUUGCUGUUUCCAAUGCUCGCAGGACCCAAUUCCAUAG